ACACAACGCAUUUUAUCCUAAAGGACAAUGAACCACUCACAGUGACUAGACCCAUAGAAUAUUGUAUACAAAAGCGAGGGCUAAAGUAGAAGCAGAAAACGGUGAUUACCUUUGUGCUCUUUUUUCCUGAAGUUUUCUUAGGAAAUGGAUGUCAGGAAUAAUGUGCUCUUUCUCAUCCUUGUCUUGGGUGUGCCGGGCUGUGUCACGGACUAUGUUGGCUCAGAGACAAAUAUCUGUAUGUCGACUUGCCUGAACAAUUUUCAGUCGAUGCUCCAGGGAGUGAGCGACCAAGCCACAGCUUGCGCAUACGUGCCAACGUAUGUCAACUGUCUCAAAUCAUCGUGCAAUUUGGGUGACUUAAGCCCUUAUCUCUCUUCUUUGCAAGAAGUGUUGUCCAGUAGUGGGUUUACCUGUGAUUUGUCCAGGUCAAUCUACAGCAGUGACCAAGUCCAAGUGUCCCCAAUGUGCAUCGCUACAUGUGAAAGUGCUUUCCAGUCGCACAUCGUAGCUGCAAGCAGUCAGUCCAUGGCAUGCGCCAUCGCACAGAGCUACAUUAGCUGCCUUGAAACCAGCUGCAACGCAGACUCGUCGCAGUUUGUAUCUCAUAUGAACCUCGGCCUGACACAACAGGGCUAUACUCCAUGUGAUGGUUACAGUGAUGUCGCCGAUGCCGAACCUGAAGCUGAACCGCCUUCAAGCUCCUCGGCAGUGUCCUGCAGUGUCCUGCAAGUCCUGGCGAUGGCUACUUUGACAACAAAGAUGUCUCUCUGGCAGUUCUCAACUGAAACGUGAGGCUGGAGACUGAGAUCCGAGAUACAAGUUUCUACUCCUCAUCUCAACAUCUAUCACAUCGUCAUCCUCGCCUCUCUCCGGAUUUCUCUCAAAGACAGCCCUCGUUAUGAAGUGUGUUUACUCUUUGUGUCGCCA